AAUCUGGCAACACUGUGUGAGGACCGCCAGCUGACACCACAUUGGCGAUCGAACAAGAAGCUGCUACCGCUUUCUGUCAGAUCGCCGUUUGUACCAGUCCACACAUGCUGUGAUCUGCAGUAAAUGAAGAGACCAACACAUGAAGGAUGCACGCUAGAGGAGCCAUCUGCUAAUGACCAUUCCGUGUUCGAGAACGUCCGUCUAGUCUCUUUCCCUUUCUCCCUCUCUCUUUCAGUUCCUGUGUGCGUAUCCACUCUGCCAACAUGGAGGUCAACCCGGUGUUGGUGGAGUCCUCUGUGGUCAUGGCCAUGGUACUGUGUGUCCACAUGUCGGUCUGGAACCAGCACUCCUGGUGCUGCAUAGCGCUGGUCAUCCAGGCGUUCUACGUUCAACACAAAUGGGACCGCCUGCUCCGCUCUGGCGGCGCCGUGUUCCAGUUUCGACCGACGGCAAACAGCGGCAUUGUCCCGGCCUCCAUGGUGAUGCCCCUUCUUGGCCUGGUGCUGAAGGAGAAAUGCUCCGCCUCCGGGUAUGUCUACUUUGAGCGGUUCUCCAUGGUGGUCACGGUGACCGGCAUGAUGCUGGCUCUGUUCCUGUCCCUCAUCGCUCUGGGCGUUACGAGGCCGGUGCCCACCAACACGUGUGUGAUAGCAGGUAUGGCAGGGGCCGCCAUCAUGUACUCCACCAAGCAGACCCUGACGGUGUCGGAGGUGAUCGAGGUCCUGGAGGUGCUGCUGAUCUUCGUGUACCUCUGCCUGAUCGUGCUGUACCUGCUGCCGCGCUGCUUCACCCCUGGGGAGGCGCUGCUCAUCGUGGGCGGCAUCAGCUUCAUCGUGAACCAGCUGAUCAAGCGCUCCCUGAGCCUGUCCGAGGCCAAGGGCGACCCCAUCAACUACUUCCUUCCGGUGGUGGUGGUGGGCUCACUGCUGCUGGGGGUCUUCUUCGCCCUGCUCUUCUGCUUCAUGGAGUCCGAAACAUGGGUGUCAUCGCUGUUUUUCCACAUGAUGACCGCCGUCUUGGCGCUGGGGAUCCUCAUGCCGUGGCUGGCGCUGUUCAUCGGCCGCCACCCCAUCAUGUGGCUGGUAGACUUUGUGACUUUAAACGAGAAGAGGAUGUGCCUCCUUGGCUACUGGCUGCUGCUGGCCAGCAUAGCCACCUGUGUGGUGCUGCACCAGAACUACAAGCGCCAGUCAGGUUCCAAGAAGCACCAGGCCUCCACCAUCGUCAGGAAGUACUUCCACCUCAUCAUUGUGGCCACCUAUGUGCCAGGGCUGCUGUACGACCGGCAGCUCCUCCACGUGGCCUCAGUGGGGUGCCUGGCCUUGUUCUUGGUGAUGGAGUACGUGCGGUACUUCCGCAUCCGACCCAUGGGGCAGCUCCUGAGGCAGCUUCUCACCUUGUUCCUGGACGAGCGGGACUCUGGGCCUCUGAUCCUCACACACGUCUACCUGCUCCUGGGCAUGUCCUUACCCAUAUGGCUGUACCCUGGCCCAUGUGCCCCUAAAGGGAUAUUACCGGGCGCUGGAGGACUGGUGCCAUAUGCUGGGGUGCUGGCCGUAGGAGUUGGAGACACGGUGGCGUCCGUUUUUGGCAGCACCAUGGGAGAGUUCCGAUGGCCUGGCACCAAGAAGACCAUGGAGGGCACCGCCACGUCCGUGUUCGCCCAGAUCAUCGCAGUGGCCGUGUUCCUCAUCUUUGAUGGGAGCAUCAAUCUGAACUCCACCUACUCGUGGAUCGUGGGCUCAAUCACACUGGUGGCCAUGUUGGAGGCGUACACCACCCAAAUAGACAACCUCUUCCUGCCCCUCUACCUCUUCAUCCUGCUGCUACUCUGAUCAGGGACCGUCGGGGGCUAAAUGAUACUAAUAAUAAUAUGGCUGAAUAAUGACUAAUGGUAUUUUUGACAUCUUUGAUUUCUGACCUCUAUAAUAGGAUGUGUUACUUUUCAAUAUAUCGAAGGGGAGUAAACAAUUGGAAAUUGGUAUUGAUCAAACAAUAAUGGUUCCCUUUAACUGGGAUAGGGAGGGUAGGGCAGAUCAAUCGCAAAAGUAUUGGGAUUACCUGUGCGGACAAAUGGUAAUGAUAACAUGGUAAUCCUGCUUAAUUAGUAAGACUAAGAACCACACCUCUGCCUUUUCAUUUGGUAAAGCUGCAGAUGUUUCAUCAGCAUGUCCAUUUUUGCCUAGAUCAAAAUCCAUUUCAAAUCACUUGCCACGGAUGGAGAUGUUUGUUUCAAGAAAGGAUGUUGAACAUGAUCAUUCUCUUUGUUCAUUAUUGGGUCUGUGAUAUUCAUAUCUUUGGUCACUUUGGUUCCUAUUAUUAUAAGAGACACCAACACAAACAAAUGUUGACUUGUAAGCGAGGUUUUAACAAAAUAACAUAGUAUUCACGUAUGCAACAGAUGAUGGGCAGAUGGAUGGGACGGUCUCUAAGUCAAACAUUUCGACCGUCUUUGUUUUCUCUUGUAAUGUAAUUUUUUGCAAAUGGAUACAUGCUUUUGUAUAGCCUUUGAAGAACAUUAUUUAAAAUCAAGCUUCUAGAAAUGUCUUUCUACGAUGAACCGUUCUAGAAGAUAUGAUAGUUUUGCCUCUGGUGAUGAACGUAGAGAUGGUGGAGGUUAGCCUUAUGGACACUGCUUUCUGCACCAUAUAAAGUGCUGUUUAGGCGGUAAUUGAAAAGCAUGGCAAGUUUGUCAAGAAGCCGUCCAGCAACUGUAAGAAUGUGAGUUGUUGGCACAUGGUGACAAAUUCUGCUCUUGCAUGACACCAAGAUGUGAAAUUCUGUAUGAAACUUAAAUACAGAAGCCUACUGUAAAUUUUGUUGAGCAUUUUCUAUGAGCCUAAUGUUAAAUUUUCAUGUGGAGACAAUUCCUUAAACUCAAUGCUGUUCUGAGCUGACAUAUGCACAAACAAUGGCCUGUUUCACCAAUACUUUUUCCUGAUUUAUUUAUUUAUUUAUUUUUGAUUGAAAAUAUAUUUCUUAGAAAUAUCUGUUUUGUCAUAUGGCCUUUCCUCCCAGGUUUAUUUUGCAAUAUUCUGUAAGGCUGACAUGAUGGUUCUUACCAGCAAGAUGUGAUUUGUUUUAUUUAAUUUUUUACCUGUAAAUUGUUUGUAUUUUCUCAACUCUACGGUAAAACAUUAUCAGUAUGGUAGAUUUAAUUCUUUCAUCUUUACAUUUCGUUUUCUUAAAGUUAGUAUUGCAUGUACAUUGCAUCAUUAAAGAUAAUGCUGAAAUAU